AUGACACAUCUUCACCAGGAAACACUCCAGAAGGCUAUCAAGGACGUUCUUGAGGGCGCCAAGACAAAGAAGCGCGGAUUCCUCGAGACAGUCGAUAUCCAGCUCAAGCUCAAGGGCUACAACGUUUCUAAGGAUAAGCGUUUCGUCGGCUCCAUCAAGCUCCCACACAUCAUCCGUCCAAACGUUCGCAUCGGUGUCCUUGGUAACAAGGUCCACUGCGAAGAAGCUCAGAAGCUCAACAUCCCAGCUUACGAUCUUCCAACACUUACAAACUUCAACAAGGAGAAGAAGGUCGUCAAGGCCUGGACAAAGCGCCACCACCUCUUCCUUGCUUCCCCAGAUGUUAUCGGUCAGGUCAACAAGGUCCUUGGUCAGGUUUACACACGUGCUAACAAGUUCCCAACAAACAUCAAGACAGAUACAGUCGCCAAGGUUGUUGAUGAAGUUAAGCGCACAGCUAACAUUCGUCUGAAGAAGUCCGUCGCUUUCGGUAUCCCAAUCGGCAACGUCAACAUGACAGAGCGCCAGGUUUUCGAAAACCUUACACUUUGCACAAACUACGUUGUCACACUUCUUAAGAAAGGCUGGCAAUCAAUCGGCUCCAUCGUCCUCAAGUCUACAAUGGGCAAGGCUCACCGUAUCUACUAA